CUAUGCCAGUCUCACGUUAUUGGACCACGAACAUGGUUGCUUCUCAAGGUGGCAUCUCAUUUCCUUCCAUCGUAAAAUAAAACUCUAGGAUAUUUAUCUUAUUGUUGCCAAAAAUUAAAAACAAAGUGAAAAAAUUAAACAAAAACAAAUAAAAAAGAAAAACAACGAACAGGAGAACAAAAACAUAUACAAUUUUUUUGUUUGACCUUGCGUAUCUGUUUGAUUUAGAUUUUGUGGUUUGUGUCAACUUAAGAGAUAUACCUCCUAGGUGCUCUCGUACAUUAUUAUAGACAUAGCUUGUGGGAGUGAAGUUUGAAACACCUAUAUCUACACUUAAAUUUUUCCUAUAAAGUUCCAGAAAUCAAACAUUUUAAAGCAUAAUUAAGAAGUGUGCAGUUCGGUGUUGGAAUACUGCCAACAAAAUAUUGCUCAAUUUAUAACAGCUGAAUCUAUCUGCAGUCAAAAUUAAAACAACAUGUCAUCAAAACAAAUUUUAACAGUUUUGUCACUUGUUGUAAUUCUCUCAGGAUCGAUACGUGAGGCAUGUAGUUCAGCAGUUUUAAUAGCAGAUCUCACAAUGUCUGUUAUGAUCGAACUUUCUUCGCGACAUCCGUUUUGUAAAAUGCAUACUGACAGAGGUGAUAUUCAGAGGAUGUUAUUGCAAGCAGAUCAACGUCGCAUUCGUCAAGUACCAAGAGAAUCAGUAUUGGAACUAGAACAUGUCUGCAAGGAUGCUGGUUCUUAUGGAAGUACUUUUCGUGGGGGUCUUGGUUUCAUCUACCCAGGAACCAAAUGGUGCGGACCAGGAACAGCUGCAGUUGAUUACAAUGAGCUAGGACUACAUGCUGAGGAAGAUCGAUGCUGUCGCGAUCAUGAUCUAUGUCCAAAUGUAUUAAAUGCAGGUGAAUGCCGACGUGGACUUUGCAAUACUGGUUCGUUUACAAGAUCUCAUUGCGAUUGUGAUGCCAGGCUAAGACGAUGUCUUCAAGGUUUAAAUACAGAAACCGCCAAUACUUUGGGAGCAAUAUUCUACAAUGUCGUCCAGGUUACCUGCUUCCAAGAGCGUAGUCCUUGUUCAUCUCAUCAAAGAGCUGGAUACAACAAAACGACUUCUGAUGAAAUAUGCGCUCAAUGGCAAUAUCAGCCAACUGAAAAAUAUGUCCCUAGUGCUCCAGGAAGGACCUAAGCCGAUCAGCUAAAAUCCUAAUGGUAGUAAGAUAACAAAGAUAACGAUGACUGGUUUAUAAAAACAAACAAUAAUUGAUGUGGUUUCAAAUGGACUUUUAAGUGAAGGAUAAGCAAUAUUUUUAUUAUGAUUGUGUGUGAAUUUGGACAUUCUAAAUUAAGAUAAUAUUUACAUAAAUAAAUACGUCAUACGUAUAUAUAUAAAAUAAUCUUAUCAAUAUUCUUCUUCCAAUAUUUCAAUAAAUAACUUAAAAGCAAUAAUAUUAUGUAAUGAGUAGUCAUUGAAGCAAAUAUAAAACAUACAAACA